AUGUUACGAAUACUUAUUAUUUUUGUUAUAACUUCCACGUAUAAUUCCAGAUUACAAGUCGAAUCGUUUCCCAUUAUAAAAGACUUGCAUGAACGAAGAGACCUAGAAUUUGUCCUAAUAGACCUCCUGAAUGUUCUGACGAGGGACUAUGAGGUGACCUGCAUCGCUAUUAUCUGUGAUGAAGUCUAUCUGAACGUGUUCGGUGGGCCAUUGUUUAAAAGGACUGCGUCGGUACCUUACGUCAUGACUGUUGUAGAGGAUUACGAGGACUUGUUGUCUCCAAACUUCGUUACAUUAGAAUCAUUGAGAGCUGCUAGAAAAGAAGGGUGCAACGUAUACGUCAUAUUACUUGCUAAUGGCCUGCAAGCUUCCCGUUUGUUACGGUUUGGAGACAGGCAUCGCAUUCUCGACACUAGAGCUAAAUACAUCAUGUUACACGACUUCCGACUAUUUCGCAGCGAGCUUCACUACAUAUGGCGCAGAAUAGUCAACAUUAUAUUCGUAAAAUACCACAAAAAGAUUUUGGGUGUGUCCAAAAGUCGGCCUUGGUUCGAGCUCUCUACAGUGCCAUUUCCAAAUCCGAUAAAAGGGGUUUUUGUUCCAAGACGAGUGGAUAUUUGGAAAAACGAGAAUUUUUACUACAAGAGGCCUCUGUUUGCAGACAAAACUAGCAACUUGAAUGGUGAAGUGUUGAACGUUGUUUAUUUGGACCACGUACCGUCUGUUGUGGUAGUUAAAAACAAUGGAAGUAAUAAAAUAGGCGGUGUCGAAGUUGAGAUCUUACAUACAUUAGCUGAAAAAAUGAACUUCAAACCAAAACCAUACCAGGCUAUAAACGCUGAACUGCACAAAUGGGGCCAGAAACAGCCUAAUGGCUCUUUUUCUGGACUUCUGGGCGAGAUGGUUAAUGGAAGGGCAGAUGUGGCGUUAGGGAACCUGCAGUAUACGCCUUAUCACCUGGAGCUGACAGACUUGAGUAUACCUUACACGUCACAAUGUUGGACAUUUCUAACACCAGAAGCUUUAACGGACAAUUCUUGGAAGACGUUAAUUCUACCGUUCAAAUUGUAUAUGUGGAUAGCAGUUCUCCUAGUGUUAUUAAUAACUGGGACUAUUUUCUACGGUUUAGCAAAAAACCACAUGAACCUGCAAGAAUACAAAAAACUACGUCCAAUACAAACUAAGGACGACGAAGGCAUUGAUGCAAAGCCGGGACUUUAUCUGUUUGGAGAAAUAAUAAACAGCAUCCUGUAUACUUAUGGAAUGCUGCUUGUCGUAUCUCUACCAAGGCUACCAACGGGAUGGUCAAUAAGGCUCUUAACAGGCUGGUACUGGCUCUAUUGCAUACUACUGGUGGUGUCCUACAGAGCCAGUAUGACUGCUAUACUCGCCAACCCCGCACCCAGGGUAACCAUCGACACACUCCGAGAGCUCGUCGAUAGUAAAGUCACUUGUGGCGGCUGGGGCACGCAAUCCAAAAAGUUCUUUCAAGAAUCUCUUGACGAAAACACUCAGAAAAUCGGAGAUAAAUUUGAAACUAUAGACGACCCUAUGAAGGCUGCUAGUAAAGUGGCACAAGGAGUGUACGCAUAUUACGCCAAUUCUGAUUUUCUUAAGUACAUAAGUGUUACUAGGAAAGAUGCUUUGAAAGGUUCAAAGGGGAACUCGACAAAUACAACAGACAUCGCACCUAAAAUAGAUAGCCAACGAAACCUGCACAUAAUGUCAGACUGUGUAGUUAACAUACCAAUAUCUAUUGGUUUUCACAAAAACUCACCCCUGAAGCCACUGGCUGAUGUUUACAUGUGGAGGGUAGUCGAAGUCGGACUUGUUGAGAAAUGGCUCAAUGAUGUAAUGCACCCUAUACACUCACUAGAAACAAAUGAAGAUGAGCUGAAAGCUUUAAUGAAUCUUAAAAAGUUAUAUGGUGCCUUCAUUGCAUUGGCCAUCGGAUACACUCUCAGUGCCCUUUGCCUGGCUGGGGAAUUAACUCAUUGGCACUUCAUUGUAAAAAGAGAUCCCAAUUUUGACAAGUAUGCUCUUCACUUGUACUAUAGAAACAAAAACAAAAAGGACUAUUAA